GUUCCGUUCCGCUCGCCCGAUUGAACGAAUCAGCUGCUAGUUUUUCGGUUGCUUAUAUUGUACAGAGUCCACCAGAACCCGGCAGAGGAACCGCAUCUCGGCGACGGCCAGGGGCUCUCUUCUCGCGCGCUGGGGCUCCUCUGCUCAUGCUCAUCUUACCCACCUGAAUCUUUCCGCAAAGGAGGCCUGAUUUGGGGGCAGCUCCUUCGCGGAUCGCCGGGAUCAGGGAUGAGUGUAACUUUUCGCGACGAAUCUAAUGAUGCAUUGGGCUUUCAGUAAGAGAUUACAAAUAUCAAGGGAUGCUGAAAUAUGUGCUUGCAUGGUAGAGUUGUUUGGCUAAGAACAGGAGGGAUAGCCACACAUAUCCGUAUUUCACUUGAUUUUGAUGAUAUCAGAGUACAAUAUGCACAACAGUUGCUCCAUGUGCACACAGACAAUGGGGCUAGGCAUGGCACCUCAACCAUCACGUUAGGUUACUUUCUUGGAAGAGUCGGGUGAAAAUUGUUGGUCAUUUACAGUUACAGACCCCUUCUACAUCAUUUGUUACUUAUCAUCAACUUUAUAAGUUUCAAAAAAAAUAUAUAUUAGUUUUUAAGACUGGGAUUAAGAUGACCGAGAAAGAAAAUAUUCUAAUGCAAAGAUAUGAGAUGGGAAAGUUACUUGGGAAAGGGAGUUUUACCAAAGUUUAUCAUGCUCGUUGUCUUAAGACUUCACAUAGUGUUGCUAUCAAGGUGAUUGACAAAGAUAAGAUUUUGAAGUGUGGUCUUAUGGAUCAAAUAAGUCGAGAGAUUUCAGUGAUGAAGUUGGUGAAACAUCCUAAUAUUGUCCAACUGUAUGAGGUGAUGGCUACUAAAACUAAAAUAUAUUUUUUGUUAGAGUAUGUCAAGGGAGGAGAGUUAUUCAAGAAGAUUCAACGAGGAAGACUAAAAGAAGAUGCUGCUCGUAAAUAUUUCCAGCAACUAAUUAGUGCUAUUGAUUUUUGUCAUAGUAGAGGGGUUUAUCACCGUGAUUUGAAGCCUGAAAAUCUUCUUCUUAAUGAAAGUCACAAUCUAAAGAUCUCAGACUUUGGUUUACGUGCACUUCCAGAUUGCAAGAGACAAGAUGGAUUACUCCAUACAAGUUGUGGUACUCCUGCAUAUGUUGCUCCAGAAGUAAUUAGUAGAAAAGGUUACGAUGGUGCAAAGGCUGACAUAUGGGCUUGUGGAGUGGUUCUCUAUGUGUUGUUGGCAGGAUAUCUUCCUUUCCAAGAUAAAAACUUGGUAGCCAUGUAUAAGAAAAUUUGCAGAGCGGAACUCAAAUGGCCAAGUUGGUUUUCUUCAGAUAUUCGGAAGCUUUUGCGACGUCUUCUUCAUCCAAACCCUAGUGCACGGAUCUCUAUUACAGAAAUCAUGGAACAUCCUUGGUUUAGAACUGGUCUUGAUGAAAGAUUGUUUGAUUAUGCCGUGAAUUCAACAGAAAAUGUUAUGCCUGUUGACAUGAAUUUGGCUUUGGAUUAUUUAAAUGCAAAUACAGUUGAGAGUAAUCAAGCAAUAGAAAAACUUAUUAAUUUGAAUGUUUUUGAUAUCAUCUCUCUUUCUGAUGGAUUUGAUCUCUCUGGAAUUUUUGAAGAGAACUCAGACAAGACGGAGACUAAAUUCACAUCUACCAGCACAGCUUCGACAAUCGUUACAAAGCUCGAGGAAAUUGCAACGAGCUUACGACUAAAAGUAGCAAAGAAAGGUGGAGGGUUACUGAACAUGGAAAGUUCCAAACAAGGAAGAAAAGGUGUAAUGUCCAUAGAUGCUGAAGUAUUUCAUAUCACACAAAAUUUUCAUCUAGUGGAGAUCAAGAAAACCAAUGGUGAUACUCUCGAGUAUCAAAAAGUUAUGAAACAAGGUAUGAGGCCAGCACUAAAAGACAUUGUGUGGGCUUGGCAAGGUGAGCAACCUGAAAAAGAGAAGCAACAAUCUUAGAUGAUGUGACAAGUGUAAUACAGUAGAAACUCCAAUUGUUGACUCAAUAAUGCACACUUCUAAUUUUUUUCUCGCACCCUAAUAUUUUUAAUGUAGAAUUUUACAUUUCUAUUGGCUGCUCAACUGGAAAUGGUUUCUAUCUUGCGAAGGCUUUUUUU